AAUUCUGCGGAAAACAAACCAGCUAAGAAAAGGCCCGUUUGUAUUAUUGUUCUAGGAAUGGCCGGAUCAGGCAAAACUACUUUCGUGCGAAAAUUAGCUCAGUACCGGCAUGCUAAUGGCUCCUUACCUUACUUGAUUAAUUUGGAUCCUGCAUGUCGCGAAACACCGUAUCCAGUGAAUAUCGAUAUACGUGACACAGUAAAAUACAAGGAAGUGAUGAAACACUACAAUUUGGGACCAAAUGGAGGAAUCGUAACGGCAUUAAACUUGUUUUCCACUAAAUUCGGCAAUGUAAUCGAGCUAAUAGAGAAUGCGAAUGAAACGCAUGAAUACUGCGUCGUAGAUACGCCUGGACAAAUCGAAGUAUUCACUUGGUCGGCAUCAGGUACUAUAAUUACCGAAGCAUUGGCUACCGCUUUCCCGACCGUUAUAGUAUACGUAAUGGACAUCGUGCGUUCUACUAGCCCUACCACUUUUAUGUCCAACAUGUUAUAUGCUUGCUCCAUAUUGUAUAAGGCGCGUUUACCGUUUAUAAUAGUCAUGAACAAAAUAGACAUACAAGAGCAUAAUUUCGCGGUGCAGUGGAUGCAGGAUUUUGAAGCAUUCCAAGAAGCACUUGAAAAUGAAACAGCCUAUGUGACUAAUCUUACUCGUACGAUGUCAUUGACGCUGGAUGAAUUCUAUCGAAACUUGAAAACUUGCGGUGUUUCGUCAAUCUCUGGCAUUGGUUUCGAAAAGUUUUUCAUGCUGAUCAACGAAGCAGUAAAUGAAUAUGAAAGUGAUUAUAAACAGGAGUACGAUAGAUUACGGGAAGAAAAAGUAAAAAAAAUGCGCCAAGAAGAACAAUCAGCAACCAACGAUGGCAUGGGUGAAGCAGUGCUCCUAAGCAGUGAGAAUAGUGUCCCUUCAGCUGCGAACGAUCCCAUCUACAUAAAACACCCGGCUAAUGAAAGCUCUGAUGAUGAGGAAGGACAUGAGUGUGAUGGCUCGGUUGUGGCUGUGGGGGACGAUGAAGCUGAGGAGAUUAGUUUUAAUAAUUUCAUUCAACAACACCGUCGACAACAGGCGGAAAAGCAACAAAAAACAAAGUAA